AUGAAAAUUAAACUAGCAAUUAUCUUUAACUUAUUAAUCUUACUAAACGCAUCUUCAAUAUCCAUUGCAAUAUGCAAAUGCGAGUAGUUGCUAUCAUAAACUGAUUGUCAGCAUUAAAACAACAAUUGUCUGUGGAUUUCGGACAAAUGCGUCAUCAAUCCCAGUCAAUCUGACUCGGGAGCCCAAAUUAUCACAUAUUGCACAUCAUACACGGAAUCAGAAUGUGCUUCUAUUGUUGGUUGUGCAUGGAUAAAUAAAGCCUGCGAACAAUUCUUGGGUUGUACUGCAUAUUUCUAUUCAAAAUUUCACGGCAGUGUUAAACUGAUGGGUCUCAUUGUAUUGAGAUAAGCGACUGUGCUGAUUACAAGACCAAGUCAGCCUGUUCUCGGAACUAGAAGAAUGUGUUAUGUUAUUGGAAUGAGGAGAAAUGUGAAGAUUUUACAGAAUGUAGCCAAUUACCAAAAACACUAUCAUCUGACAGAGAGUGUAGAGAUCAGUUGUAGAAAUGCACAGUUGGAGACCAAAGUGGCUGUGUUGAAAGUGCAGAGAAUUGUGAAGAUCAAAAAUCAGUAUCUUAAUGCAAAUGGAAUAAAUUAAAAACACAAUAAUGUAUUUGGUAGAGUGACAAGUGUGUCUCCCUUUCAUGUUCAAAUGCACCUGUUACAUAUACUACUCAUUCAUAAUGUUAUGAAUUCAUGGCUGGUUGUACAACUUAGUAAAAUGGAGGAUGUACAAAUAUAACAUAAUGUUCAAAUGCAAAGAUUGAGGAUGCAUGUGUAAUAAAUAACUUAAAUGGACCAUGUAUUUGGUCGGAUAAUUCUUGUUAUGAUUAGGUUUGUAACAAAGCACCCACCACGUUCAAGACAAAUGAAUAAUGCAAGACAAUAGCCAAUAAUUCGGUAUCUACUACAUUGA